CAUGUGUGUUUGAAUAGGCCAGGCCAGGCCACGAUUAAGGCAAGAAAUACUAAUAUUCAUAAUUCAUAAGUAGCUUUGCUUCAAGCGUUGAAUUAAGGCAGAUAUAGCAAGACUUGCAUUUUGAAGAUUAUAGACUGCGUGCAAAUACACAUUUCACACAUAUGGAGCAGGACAAGGUCCAAGCCUCUCUAGCAACUUACCUCACCCUGUGCAUGGGAAGGAAAUGUGGUUCAGGGACUUGGGACAGACUAGGAGACAGCCUCCGGUGACAGUAUCACACUGACAGGCACAUACACAGUGGGCAUCACCGGUGUUGAAGCUAUGCCGAAGAGGAUUGUGUUAUUCCUCACCGCUGUGUUUGUGGGGACUGGACUCCUUGUCUUCACUACCUGGGAACAGCAGUUCAUGACCAUCCUGGACGCAGGCUUUUCUAACAUCAUUUAUAACCUUUCUCUCCGCCAAAAUGGUUCACAGACCGAGUGCAAAAACGUUUUGGACGAAAUGGUGCGAGGAACGUGGACGCCAAGGAGGGUGACGUUUGAAGAAAGAGAGAAAGUUGAAAGAUUUUUGAUAACAUCCAGAGGAAAAUAUUUCGUACCAACAACCUUGGCACGCCCCGAUGGUGUUUGUGGAAAUACAACUUUUGACUUUCUGAAAGGCCUACAACACCAGGCUCUGUGGUUCCGACCCCUGUGUGAUCCGUUUGGUCCAACACCAUGUUGCUAUAACAACAGGUGCGUGUAUAAGACAGUGAAGGAAUGUAUGUGUGAGAACUGUUUUGACAUGCGCAGACCUAUUAAUGCUGAACUUGCUGAUUGGAAACCAUCCCGCCCCAAAUGUCAGAUCUCAAUGUUGAACAAAGACGAUGCGUGUGAACUAAUUAAAGGGGCUACUAUCUACUACAUCGGGGACUCUUUCUUGAGGCAGAUGUACACCGUGACUGUCAAUAUCCUCACUGGCAACUAUAAGGACUCCAUGCUAAAGUCUACAACACCAACAGGGUGGCGGGAGUACUGUUCAGGCUGGAUGCAGCUUCUGUGCUACUCGUUUUUAAAUUACAAAGUUCCCGUGUGUGGCGGCCAGACCAACGUCAUCCAUGUUGAACUCAUCACACACGAUCACGGCCCAAGAUUACUCAGCUUACUGAAAAGUAAAACGAACCAGAAGUCUAUUUUCUUUGUGGGCAUUGGUAUCCACGGGACCUAUCAAGAACAGCUGGUCUGGAACAACUUUCUUUCUCCAUCAAUCAACUUUCUACACGAAAACGCAAGAAAUAAGAUAACAUGGCCGAAACUGGUGUGGGUGUCCCCCCACGCUCCCGGAAUACUGAAAACACCACGGGUUCCAGGCCAGAGUUACAGCAGCGUCGUCAGAUAUAACGCCUUCAUCAACAGCCAUGUCAGAGCAGCUGGGAUACCAAUACUAGACACCUUCAACAUGACAGACGGCAUCAUGAGCUACGAUGGGGCACACUACGGGUUCGGAAUUAACAUGAUCAAAUCUCAGAUUGUGUUUAACUACCUUACACAUCUGCGGGCACAUGGCAUAUGGUGACUCAGCAUGACAAAGUGUGAGUGUGUGCCGGCAUGUGGCAUGUGAUGCAUAACUAAGGAAUAGUUAUAUAUUGAGGGAUGUCGUGGAUGAGUUAGAUAGUCCUAUUUUCAUUUUCAUUGUAUAUUGAGUUAGUGAGUUGGGUUUAACAGCGCUUUUAACAGCGGUUCCAGUUAUAUCACGGCUUGUCAGCUAAAUGUGGGAGGAAAGCCCAGAGUGAUGCAGGUCUCAGACGUUUACAACUUCGGUGA